AUGUCCCAGAAGAAAAAUGAUUGUGAAUUGAUUUUAAUUGACCCAUAAGAUGAGACAGAUAUUAAGCCAAUGAAAAUCUUAAAAAAAAUGGUUUCUAAUGCAGGUGGAAUUAGAUAUCUUGUUGAAUACAGUAAUAAUGAAUAGAAACAAGAAACAGAAAAAUUUAUGAAAGAGAAUUAUUAAGAAUUGAUAGAAGAUUAUAAUUAUUUUUCUGUUUGUGGUAGCAGAUUUGAUUAAUAAACUUUAUAGAAAAUGAGAGAAAAUAAUAAUAAAAUGUAAAAUUUUGAGAAUCAUGCUAAAUUACCUGUUAUUCCAUCUGAUGAAAAUUAUCCAAUUUUUAAAAGGCAAAAAAAAAUUGAAAAAUCAAAUGAAAAAAAUAACAAAUUGAAUAACAAUUAAAUUCUACCAUUACCUUAAUAGAUAUAAUAAUAAUUACAAGUUUAAUAAUAAUAAUAACAAUAAUAAAUUUAAUUACAAAAUAAUUUGAAUUAGAAUGAGAAAUAUUUAAUUAAAUAAUAAUAAAUUCAAAAUUAAACUUUACUUUCAUUGAAAUCUGAUUAAGGUGAUAAAAUAAAGUCAAUAUCUUUAGAAAAUGGAUUAUUUCUAGUUGAAUGGUUACCUAGACCUGAUGGAAAUGUACCAUAUCAAGAAUAUUAUCAUUAUGAUUUUCUAAAAGCAACAGCUCCUACUAUUUUAUUAUCAUUUUUAGAAUAAGAAUUCUUAAAUGAUGACUUUAAAUUUAAAAAUCUAAAACGAUAUUCUUUUUAAAAUACAAAUAAAGAAACUAUUCAAAAUGAUGAUAAUCAAUAAUAUAAAGAUAAAUCAAUAAAUAUUAUUUAACCAGAUAAAUCUUAAGAAAUAAUUGAAGUAUAAAAAGAAGUAUUAAAAGAUGAUCAUAUAAUUAAAAGAGCUGUAUAAUUUGAAGAAGUAAAAGAACAAAAAGAUAAUUCUAAAGAUAUUUUGAUAGAUGACUUUUCAGUAGAUGAUACCUAAGAAGUUAUAUUAGAUGAGAAAUAAACUGCUGAAUAAGAAAAAAAACAGUAAUAAUAAAAAAAAGGCAUUAUUCCAUCUUUUAAACCAUAAGGAUAAACCUAAAAAUAAAGAAAAUAAGUUUUAGAUAAAGGAUAAGAAUUAUAUACAGUUGAUAAAGUAUAAGGGAAAUUAGAUGAAAAAUUAUCUUAAAUGGAAAAGCCAAUUGCAAAAUAACAAGUAACUAUAACUCAACCAAAAUUAACAAAUUAGUCAUUUCCAGCACAAUUUGCUUAAGCUUAAUUUUCAGAUGAAUUUGAAAUAUUAGGUUCUUUAGAAAAACCUGAAGAUAAAUAAAAUUAAAAUUAUGAGAAGGAACUUGAAGAAUGUUAUUCCGAUGUUGAAUUACCUCAUUUUUAAUUUAAUCAAAGUGAAAUUUGA